AUGGAAAAGUCCGAUCCACUCGCACCCUUUAUUCGUCUUGCGCCCUCAGUAUACUCCGUAGAGCCACGGAUACAACUCAAAGAUGACAACAAGGGACCAUCGACAAUCAUCCUAGCGUUCUGGAUGAAUGCGCCUCCACGGGCAGCAGUCAAAUACGUCGUCAAAUAUGCCGAGCUCGUGCCCUCCGCACGCAUCAUAUUCUUAUUCACCAAUACCGGAGAUUUUUACAUUUCACGAGCCUCGUAUCGGCUUCGAUUAAAGCCGCUGGUCGAUAUCCUCGUUGCUUCCCAAGGGGACGACGAUGCAGAAACAUCAAAGGACGGAAAUGAUGGAUCGGUAUACAUCCAUCUCUUCUCCAACGGCGGCAUAUUCGCAACAGCUCAAAUUUUGCAAGCGUACAAAACCGCUACUGGUAAACCAUUACGAGUCUCGAGCAUGGUCAUAGACAGCGCGCCUGGUAAACCGACGCCUUCACUAACAAUCAAAGCGUUCUCAUACGCCUUACCGCAGACAAUUGUCCUUCGACAGCUCGCUUACGCUCUACUGAGCACAAUGAUUUGGGGCACCUAUUUCACGAGGAAAUCACUGGGCUUGAUGUGGAGGGUAUUCUGGAAACGACCUGAUAAGAAUGAUGACGUUGUCGUUUAUGGCGAUGACCCACUGGCAGAUACGCGAAAGGCGAUUUUGGAUCCUGAGUUUGUUGUCGCUAGGACUCCGACGGAGAGGAUCAAGAUGUGCUAUCUCUAUUCGGAUGCGGAUGAGCUGGUGCCUGGGAAGGAUGUUGAGGAACAUGCAGCUCUGGCAUCGAAGAGCAGAGAAGUGGAGUUGGAAAUGUUUAUCGGAACGCCACACGUUGGUCAUAUGAGAGUUUCUCCUGAGAGAUAUUGGGGAAUUAUUGGUAGGUAUUGUGUAUAG